AUGGAUGUUUAUCAAAAACCCUGCUAUAAAAUAAUGAAGACCUCUUGCCAGCUGAUAGGUCAAUGGCCGUACCAGUCUUCAUGGAAAAGUCUUGUAUUAAUAACUAUUAUAUGGGUUGCUUUUUUCUUACAAGCCAUCCCACAAGUAUAUAGUCUAACAGCUCCGAUGGUGGUGCAUCGUGAUGACUGGGCCGUAUUGUUUGAAGCUUUUUCGUCGUUUGUUAUAGAUCUUGCCUUCAUUAUUAAAUAUUAUAAUACUAUUCAAAAAUCAGAUUUGGUAUCUUCUAUGCAAGAUCACGCAAAUCUUGGAUAUUUAUUAUCAGCAAGUUACGCAGGCAUAGGAUAUAUAUCAGUGAUGAUUUUCGUAACGGAACCGGUUCUUCCACGGAUUAUAAGUUUGUUCACAGAAACCAAUGAUACUAUUUCACCAAAAUUUUCUUUGCCAUUAGAGUACAUCAUAAUUGAUAAAGAGAAGCACUACCCGGUAAUGUUUACCAUUUCAAAUAUAUUUGUAAUGAAUAUCAUUGUUACUGUAAUAUCGUGCGAUAUUACACUGAUCACAUUCGUCACCCACGCUUGUGGAUUGUUCGCAGUAGUCGGGUCUCGGCUAAAAAAUUCACCCGUCGAUGCAUCAAUAAAGCGCGGAAUUGUCAAACCUUUACCGAAUUCAAUGGACAUUCCUUAUAGGCAUUUGGUGUCUUGCAUCAGAGGACACAGACGAGCUUUAGAAUUUGCCGAACGUCUUGAGUAUGCUUAUACGGUAAGUUUUGGAAUUUUGGUCGGAUUGAAUCUACCAGUUAUAAGUGUGACUGGAUUACAGAUUAUCACACAAUCCAAUACAGUGGAACAAUUGUUAAAAUAUCUAUCGUUUACACUCUCCGUAGUGAUGCAUCUUUUUUUCUUGUGUUUUCUGUCACAACAGCUGACUGAUACGAGCUCACAGAUCCAAAAUUGCAUAGCGGACGUUAAGUGGUACCAUAUUUCAACCAAGGCCCAAAAGUUGCUGAUUUUAAUGACUAUGAACAGUCAAGCGCCCUGCAAAUUGACCGCUGCUAAGAUUAUGGAGCUGUCUAUAGAGAAUUUUGGAAUGAUGAUGAAAACUUGUGGUUCUUACUUCACGAUGUUGUUAUCUAUGCAA